CUUAGCGCUGCCCCAAUCUGCCAAAGCAGGACACCCACACCGAGGGGACGCGCGACAACGCGUCGUUGUGCACCCCGCAACGCUGGUUUCCAGCUCCCGGGGCAGCCCCGGAGGAGGGGAGGUAGAUGAUGCGACGCAAAGUGAGGUAAUGCAGUCACCCCACGGUCCGGGCGCCGGCGCGGCGGCGGCGUCGCCCUACGGAGGCAGCCCCGCGCGGGGAAGCAAACGCGAUGCGACAAGCAAGGUGAUGCAGUCGCCCUACGGUCCGCCGGAUCCGGGCGCCGGGGGCGCGUCGUCGCCCUAUCGUCCGGGGGCUACCACAACGUCUCCCUACGCUGCGGGCGGCCCGCUCCCGCCCUGGCCGCGGAGCCGGCGCCGGCGCCCGGCCAGGGGCAAGAAUCUGGAACUGCAAUGGCUGCCGCCGCUGUCGCCGUCGUGGGCGGCGGCCUCGAUACAGGGAGAGGACGGGCGCACGGCGUUCCAGAUGAUCGCCGAUGACGUCGAAGCGCGCCCGCCGCGCAUCUUUUUAGGUGAAAUGGCCAUGGCCGCGACAAAAGUCCAGCGCGUCGAGCGCGGGCUCCAGUGCCGCGCGCGAUUGUGGUGCGUCGACUUACCUGGUGGCGCGACGUACACGCGCCUGGCCCUCGUGGCGGCGUCGUCGAACCCUCCCUCAAUUCACAUGUCGACGCUCGCGCACCACUGGGCGCGCAAGGGGCAAAAAAGGUGGCGCGGCGUCCUCGGGAGAAGGAAGGCGGUACGACGAGCCGAGGCCUACGUCUACAAAGCAGCGACGCUGAUGGCCGCGGUGUGUCGGGGCGGCGCCGCGCGACGCCUCGCGAGAGCGAUGCGCGCGGCGGUCUUCGAGACGGCGGCCUGGCGCGUCCAGCGCGCGUUCCGCGACAAGAUGGUGCGCAAGAUGCUCGCUGAAGCGAGGAGAUUGAGGAGAGCGAGGAUGCGGGGCCGCAUGCAGCGCUGCUGGCGCAUGGCGCUUGGUAAGAGACGGGCAGCUAGGUUCGCCGUGGCGAGCGCCGUGGCCGCUGCGAGAUUAGAUGCGUUGAGCGCGGCGGCUCGAUUAGCGAGAGCUCAAAAGGAGCGCAACAAGCUCGAGCUGCCGCCCGAGGACGCUGUACCAGGACCCUGGGAAGAUGUUGCAGAUCCGGUCGGAAAAGUCGUCGCAUACAAAGCCUGCGCCUUGGUGCCCUUUGAGUGGGAGGUCGCUUCAUUAAUAGGUGGAGACGAGUACGAGAAGCCCGAGGAGAGGAAGGCGGAGGCGCCUAUCGAUGAGUCGAAGGACCCGCUCGCGGCGUAUAAGGCGCGCAAGGCCGCGGCGGAACUGGAACAAACGGAGAGAGAGAAGACCCCGCCCGGCGUGUUAGCUAGAGCUGCCGCCAUCGAUCCAUUGCUGCACGCGGCUCAUGCAUUAGCGUUAGGUGAUGGCAACUGCGACUCCGCAUUAUCAGUGUUGGAGGCGGCCUCGCCGUCAUCAGCCGUGAUGGCUACAAGAGCAGCGUGCCGCCAGCUCGGCUGGGCCUGCGCGACGAAGUACAAGCUCGUGCUGGCCGACUGGCUUGAUGAAGCUCUAGAUCUCAUCAAGACGGCGCGAAGCAUGGACGAGUCGCGCCACGCGGGCGUCUAUUUUGAGAGAGCUUAUUUAAGAAACGCCGUCGUCAUGUGGUCCGAGGGGUAUCGAGCACCGAACGCCCGGGCCUUCUGCGGCGCGGCGCUCGCUUCCAGCAGAGGCGACCCGCACCUCGAGCCCGCCUGUGCGGAUGGACAAGCGCGGGUCAAACGCGCCCGAGAUACGCAAAGAGCGGUGUAUCACCUCGACCUGGCGCGGCGCCUGGCGGAGUCGGAGGGCGGCGGCGACUUAAGUGCAUUUGCGAAUGCCAUGGGUUGUGCCGAGGCCCACGACGCCCUCUUCACGCGAGUUAGGGAUCCCGUCAUCGAACGCAUGCGCGACGUGAGGUGCGUGCGCGACGUGGAAGCUGCUUGUGGCAUAGCUGAUUUUGACGACGCCGAGGCGGCGAAGCCUCCGUCGUCGAGGCCCCAGACGCGGACGCAGCGACCGGACACGGCGUCGGGGAGCUGGCACGUCCGCGUCUUUGCCUGUGGCGACGCCUUCGUGUGUACGGCUGAAAGGUCCGCCGCGACGACGCGCGGGUCACCGGUGACGGCGCGGGACCACGUCCUCCUGCUCCACGACCUCGAAGAACUCGCAAAAUUACAUUUCCCGAAGUCCGAGCAGGCGGCGGCGUUGCGAGACGGUAGACUAGCGGAAGUUGUGUGGGACAGGUUGGUGUUAGUGGGCGGCGACGGCCGGGGCGGUCCUCGUGAUGGGGUGCCGCCGUCCUUGCAAGUGCCUGAAGUAGCAAGAGCACGAGCGGCCGCCGUACAUCUGGCCAUGGAGACGUUCUGCGCCAUUCUCGUGCAAAGAGCGUAUCGAGGUUUUGAUGCCGCUAGUAUGUUCAAACGGAACAUCUUCCGGCUGCGCGAGAAGGAUCGACAAAGGGCAGGUGUUGCUAUCAGACGGGCCCAGCGGUUGCUAGCGCAACUCCAAAGAGAUCUGGGGAUCUCGAAGUUCCAGGCUUGCGUGCGCGGGCGGCAGUUUAGAGCUCUCCGGAAGCGAGAGAUGAAGGCCGCGGCGUUACUGCAAGCCUACGCGCGCGGCGUUAGGAAACGAAUGCAAGAUAAAGAGGAGGCCGAGCGUAAAUUGUUAGGCGCGCCGGUCGAGAUCGCGUUCGUCGGCGGCAGGCGAGUCGGCGGCGUGGACUUAGUAUUGACGGUCACGCGGUGCGGCAUGAAUUAUAAAUUUAGUGGCCAGGACUUCGCGGCGCAGACGACGUAUGUUGGGGUUUGUCCUGCGUCGACCGUCGAGGCCGCGAUCAAUGGGGCCAACGCCGACCGACAAAAAGGCGAGAAGAUCAGGAGGCUGAACAACCGCGAGGAUGUGUUAUUUGUGCUCUUGGAUCGGUUGGCGCUGGUCGAUGCGAUCUAUGCGCCGACGAAAGAGUUGCGAGGUGGUGGUCGUGUCUUGGUUGUUGAUGCUUCUAAAAGAGCAAGUGGUGGCGGCCCGUCCGUCUCGAAGCUCCAUGGACUAGGAAGGCGCCUCGACGACGGGGCGCUCAUGCUGCGCGACUACGAGAACAACCAGAGGCGGCACAACGAGGCCCGGGCCGCGCGCGGAUUGGGCCCGAAGCAGCCCUCGGUCAUCGAAUUGCAGAAGGCCAAGGCGGCCUUUAAAGCUAGACUGGGCUCGAACCCCGUGUCCGCGAAGGUACUCCGGGAGCGGAAGAAGGCGGCGCGGAAGCGGCUGGAGGCGCAGGAGGCGGAGGCCCUCUAAGAAUUUGUGGUUUA